AUGGAAAUAGGAAGAAGAAUGCUAAGUGAGUCAGAGUUCUCAAAUCUUUGGGGUGUGCUUUACCAGGAGUUUUAUAAUCUUUCUGUAACAAAUACCUGUGAUGCUACAUUAGUUUACAACACAAUCUACAUCAUUUGCACUUCUGGUUCAUCUUUUGAGAACAAGCUAUAUUGGAAAAUUGGGGAUUUUCUACUAAACAGAUGCAAAAUUCACAGAGACCAAAUUAUUGAAUCGAAGGACUACAUUGGUGAGUAUAUCAUUAGAUUUGAAGAGUAUCAAAAAUUGGUUGAGAGUAUCCAUUCGUUAGGAACAUUUUUAAAUGACUGUGUAAAGGAGAAGAAAUUGAAUGAGUUUGGAUAUUUGUUGUGGGAAAGAAUGGUCAUACAGUCCUUUAAUGACACGUUUUUCAUCGAUGUUUUUCAGUAUCCGGGCGAUAUAAUGAAAAUUUUGAAUAGCUUUGAAAAAAUUACACCCGAUACUAAUCAGAAAUUAUUAUACUAUAGGGAAAAAUAUGAAAAAGUUGCACUGCAACAGAUCAGAUCAAAGUAUAAAACCAUAGGCUUUUCUAGUUUAUUAGAGUUCUGUGAUGUUACAAAAAUAAUAGUAAGUAGAGAAACUGAGUAUAUGAAAAGAUACAUGCUCUCUUGUAGCUACGAUCGUGUUAAGCAGGUGCUAGAGGAAUGUCUUCUGUCUGUUAAGUAUUAUGAAUUGUUGGUUAACCUCAAAAAUUUCUUCCACAUAAAUAAUCUUGAAAACUACAACAGCUUUAUAAACAAUUUCCUUAAUACGGAGGAAAAUAGCCAAAAUUCAGUUUUGUCUAAUAAUUUAAAAUAUAACAGAGAUGAUUACAGAAGUCUGAAUCAAAUUGAAGAUGAUAGCAGGUCUGACUUUACCGUCUCAUUUGAGCCUGGCCACAAACCCAUAUCCGACAGAGCUGAUGAUUCUGAAAACAUUUCAGGCGCCUUUGUCUGUGAUAACCAAAAUAUACUGUCCGUUUCUGAUGGAUAUGAGCAUUUAAAUGACGAAAAGAUUGACAUCACAAAGAUUUAUAUUGAAAAUAUUUUCAGAACUAAUAAGACUUUCGUUCAGCUUCAGGGGAUUAUCAACAAGAAAAGAGAAAAUACAUUCGAGAUCGCCAAAUACAAAUCCUAUAAUCCAGUAUUCAUAAAUAUCAUGGAGUCGCUGGGAAUCUUAGAUGCCGGAUUUGCUCUUAUCAAGAAAGCAUAUGCCUUAUAUAUUGAAUCAAUGUUAAAAUCAAAUAUGAAUGUGCUGGAAUCAUCUGUCAAGCAAGUGCAUUUAAUGCUAGAAACGCUUGAUAUUUUUUGUAAUGCUGAUUGCCAGUACAUUCUUUAUUCGCUAUUUAGACAAUAUCUUCAGCGAACAAAGCCCUGCUUUAUGAAAAGAUUGUGUGAGUUUACUCAACAGAUGGUGGUUGGUGAUAAAGAAGACUUGAUUUCCAAUCUAAAGCCAUUUGAGCCCGAUGAAAAUACAAAGAUAUUUUGUACGUCCAUGGAGCUAAUCAGCGACAGGUCUGAAUUUAUGAACAUGUAUCAAAACGCAUUGAAAGAGAGAAUAAUAUCAGGCGAAAGCAAUCUAAGAAAAGAGUAUUCGAUAUUAAAUAGCAUGGAAAUAUCACAAGAUGAUAGGCUUUAUAAAAUGCUCGAGGAGAUUGAAGAGUGUAGGUCCAAAUUUAAGCUUCUUAACUCCAUAUACUGGAAUAUUGAACCGGAAAAUUCGUCGCUGAUUCUUCCUGUCGAUCUUUUGAGAGAACUCAAGGCCGAAGUGCCAAAUCUUACUAUUUUAAAUUCAAAUGGGAAGCUACCCUUGUCUUUCAGUUCUCAAAAUCAUCAAUGUAUUGAUUCAGUUGAAAUGAAAUAUAGGCUGAAGGGUGAGGAUUCACAAGAAAAGACUGUUCAGAUUGCACAUCAAUACUCAAGGAUAGUGCUGAGCAUCAAUGGGAUACUUAUAAGAAUGAAUAUUUACCAGUACAUAGUUAUUGAUCGUCUCUACAAAGGGCCUGAAAACAUUGCUAAUAUUGCAAAGAUGACAGGAAUUUCUGAUCAAAUAUUAAAAACAGUGAUUCAUUCACUGAUGGAGCACAGCAUAUUAAAGUUUGCACGUGGAUUCUAUUACCUGAGCUGUGAGGACAUUCAAGAAUGUGAUAUUUCUUGCAUCGGAAAUCAAGAAGAAAGGAUGAUAUUAGACGUCUGUGUUGACAGUUACAUUCAAGCACUUGGUGUAAAGGUGUUAAAAAAAGUAAAAAGAAUAGAUGUAGGCAAAUUAAUUAAAGAAAUUAAGGGAUUGUCGAGAUUAGAAGUCAAUGAGGAGUUUGUAACUGAUUCUCUGAAAAAAUUGGUUGAUAAGGGCAUGGCUGAGACAAAGAAUAACACUAUUGAGUAUGUCUUUUGA